GUCAAUGAGGGGUUUGUUCUUUGGGUGACUGAGGCAUCGUGUUCAUCCCAACUCCCCUGAGUGCCCCUCACCGCCUCCCUCUGGGUCUGCUUGGGGGCUUUGUGCCCCCACCCUCCUGUCAUAGCAUCCACCUGUGACUCUGUCCUGGAGGUUGUGGGGUCCCGCUCACGGGAGUUGCUGUGUCCCCAUCUGUUCAUGUUUGGGAUCACAGAUCUGUGUCUGUCAGAGUUUGGUGCUGUCUGUCUGCAUGUUCCUGUGACUCUGUCUGUCUGUGUUGGUAUCCAGGGGACCUCCCAGGCCACACUGUGGUGCUGGGGGGCAACCUGCAUGCUUCCUUGGUCUCCAGCUCUAAGCAAAUAGCCAGGCCUCCUUGGUCAUUCUCCUCCCUGGCCCAGGGUAGCUCCUGCCUCUCACCUCCAUUCUAUUCCCUGGGGACCUUCAACCGGUUCCCUCCCACUGCCGCCUCUCCUGGCUUCUCCAGUCCCACCUACGCUCAGCAGGCAGAGGGGCCUUUCUAAACCACAGAUUCUGUCCCAUUACCCAACUUCUUCAAGUCUAGACCCCAGGCCUCGAAUUCAGGAACUGCCUUUCUAAGUCUAGCAGUGGCCAAUGGCUUCAGCCUCAUGUCCUGUCUCACGUCCUCGCUGAUCACUUUAGCUGCCCUCGCACACCAUGCUGUUUCUCACCUUGGGACUUUUGUUAAGACUGCUGCUUCCACCAGCAAUGUUCCCCACUCCUUCUUUGCCUGGCUAACUUCCACUCAUCCUUUAAGACCCAAAGCACGUAUCACCUCUGCUGGGAAGUCCUCUCUGAUCCUUUCUUUGCAUCCUGAGCUCUGGGCUGCUCAUCCCUGACUUGGGGGGUAAGAACAAGUGACUUGCCCAAGAUCACACAGCUAGUGUUUUGGAGCCAAGAUUUGAACCUGGGUGCCCUGGGCUCCAACUAAGGCAGGUUGUUCCAUGGUCCAGGUGAGGGGACAGUAGCUAGGACUUGUGAAGAGGAUGCAGUGGAUCUCAGUUUGGAAAUGGAAUCCUGGGGAUGUGGCUGGUGGUGGGUCUGAGCUGGGAGGGGAGAGGUCAGUGUCCGUGGCAGGAGCAUCUGGGCAGGUUGGGAUGCCCUACUCAGAGGGGGUGGCUAGAGGGUUUACGUAUCCCAGGGGAAGGCCAACUCCAGACUGAACAGCCCAUGAGCGAUCAGGGAGGUAACUGGAAGGUGGUCCUGGAGCUUCAGGGGGCAGCCAGGUCCAGGGGUGCAGACCUGGGGAUUUUCUGGUAUUUAAAGUCCUGGAGUGGAUGGACCAUCCAGGGACUGGGGCCGGUGGAAGGAGGAGGCUCCCGCUCACCCCGAGAAGCCUAGGCUGUGGAGGUGCAAGCUAGGAAAGAGACUGAGAAGAUGUGGAACCCAGGGCUCAUAGCACUGAUCUCCAAAGGUCAGGGUGGCUGGGAGGCCAUGAAGGAUAGGAUUGGGAGGUGGCCCAUUGGCUUUGAACACAUCCAGGUCCCUGGUGGCAUGUGGCAGGUCUCAUAGGCCAAAAUUCUUUCUUUUCACAGAAGCUUGUGGGUCACGUGUCUGCUUCCUCCACUUAGGUCAGGGCCCCCAGAGGACAGGGCUCUUCUCUUUGCCUUCGAUUCCCCAGCACCAGUCCCCAGUUUGGCUCAGAGGAUGUAUCCAGAACCAGUGGAUGGGUGGAUGGGCGGGUGGGUGGCUCUAGAAGGUGUUUCAUUGACCCAUCUGACUUUUUUUACCUUUUUGAGCAAGAAAAAUAAAAUGGCACCUUGCUCGCCCUACUGCAAGGAUCAGGGCUGUGUAUCUUGGGGCCCACCGCCCAGAGUCUUGGCUUCUGUCUGGAGCUUUGAAGCCCAGUCUGCAUGUCCUGCCAGCAUGUCUCCUCUGCCCGUCUGGCCUAGACACUUAGCCUCCUCUGCCCCCGGUUCUUCUGUCCCCCGGUGCUGUCCUCGGGCUCCUCCUGUUGACCUUGGUCCUGAGCUAGCUGGCUGCCCCGCCCAGCACACUCCCUGAUGCCUCCUCACAGCCAGCAUUCCUUCCCAACCUCUAGCACAGCCUUCAGGACGCUGCUGGCUGGCUUCCGUCUCUCCCCACUUCACCACUCUCCAGCUCUCUUUGGUGUUAGUGGGUAGCUGCUCACUGUCCCAAACCUGCUCCAUGUCUGUUCAAACUGUUGCCUCCACCUGGAUGCCCUUCUGCCUUAUACACCUGUCCUAAGCAGAUAUCCAGCCAUCUCUCUCCUGCUUAAAAUCUCUCUCAACACAAGGUCUGUGUGGCUUAGCUUGGCCUCAGCCACCUUCCCACCCUGUCUUGCAGGUACUAGGACUGCACAGACGCACACUCACCUCGAAGGUUUGUUGAGGGGCUCAUGUGAGAUGCUCUUGAUGCGCGUCUGGCAAUGAGUCGGGCCCUCAAUAAGGGCUCAGAAAAUCCACCCCUCCCCCUGCCUGCCUUCCCUAACACAGGUAGAUGUACACCAGGAUCUGGAGCACUGACCAAGUCAUGGAGUUCCUUAAGCCCAGCCCGAGAAGGACACAGAGGAGUGAAUGCUGUGUGGAUCAGAUUCCAGGACCCAGGGCAGACCCUGCUCCCUGUCCAGGGUUAGGGGUGGUUCCCUCCCUGAUCAGGGGCCUGAUAAGUGGCAGAGAGGAUGCUCUAUCCCAGCUAUAGGACCCCCUACCUUCCUGACCAGUGAGGGGCUUUGGAAAGCCUGGACCUGGCAUCGAACUCAAGAGGAGGAGAGGACAGCUCCCCUGGACCAGUCCAAGGAACAGUUGGGUACAGUGGGCAGAGCGCUGGGCCAGGGCAGGAAGGAGGCACAGGGGCCUGUGUCAAUCCCAUUUUACAGAUGAGAAAAAUGGAGGUUCAGAUUGCCGAUGCCCAAUGCUGCAGGGCAGUGCUUCCUUCUGUUUCCCCAUCUGUGUGGCCAGGAGCAAGUGCUUUCCUGGUGGUGGCCUAGCUUCCUCCUCUGCAAAAUGGGGGUGCAGAUCUUGCCAGCUUCCUGGGGCUCUGGUGAGAAUGCUGCUGGGUACAAGAGGGCCUUGUACACCAUCAGUGGUGGUGGAUAAUUGUGUGGGAUUGCCUUUAAAAUGAGUCUGAUUAUUUAUUCCUUCAUUUAUUCAUUCUAUCCCGCAACUCACAUUGUUGAUCACCUUUGGGCCUAGGCACUGAUGAUGCCAAGCUGAAUGAGACAGGUGUCUUCAAUUCCCAGUCCUCUCUGAGGCAGCUCCCCACCUCCCCUUUCCCUCAGCCCUGGAGCCUCCCUACCCUGGCUCUACAGCUCAGGUGACUUCACAUUUUCCCCAGUGGACAACAGCAGGGGAGGGACAGGUCUGAGACUUCUGAAUGGAAGGGUAGUGGGUGCCAUGCCGUCCUAACACAGGGCCUGUCCACAAUCCUAGUUGGGAUGCUUUGUCCUUCCUCCGAACAGCUGGAGGGACUGAUGAGCUGGACGUUGGGAAUUGGGCAGAUCAGAGUGGGGAUCUCAGCUCCCUGCUUACUUGCUGUGUGACCUUGACCAAGUCACUCUACCUCUCUGAACUUCAGUUGUAAAGUGGGGAUGAGGAGCGUACCUGCCUUUUAGUGUCAGUGUGCCUGGCACAAGGUGGGUACUUAGUAAACGGCAGCCUCCUCACUGGUUUUACUGUGUUGAGGUCUUUCUUUGAAAGGAGAUGAUCCAGGGACCUGGAGCAGUCAGGGAGAACUCCAGGCAGGAUGUGCUGGUAUUGGGUUAUGAGGGAUGGGCUGGGUUGGAUGGGUAGAGAGAAGGGCAGCUUGGUGUUUGUGGGUGGCGGAAACAGGAGGGCUUUUAGAGCUGCCCGGCCACCCAGGAGGAGGGCACUCUGAUUCCCAGCUGGCCAGACUCAGACCCAAACCGACCCCCAGGCUGGGAGUGAGAGGCAAGACUUUUAUAUACAGGUAUUGAGUCAUAUGCAUGUGGAUAUUUGUUCCACCAAGGGCUGGGGUUUGCAAAACACAUUCCCCGGAGGAAACAGCUUGAGCAAAUCUGAUGUCUAGUUUUGACUCUUGGCACCCUAGCCCUGUGGUCUUGGACAGGUCUCUUCCCCUCUCUCCAAGCCUCAGUUUCUUCACCAAAAAGUGGGAUAAUAGCUCCUGUGACUACUCUUCAAGUAGAGAUCACAAGCAAUAAUUUAUAUAAAAGAUCUUUCUUAAAGUGUUGAGAUUAGAUUGUAUCCUUCCAGAGGGUUUUUUUUCCUGAAACCCUCUGCCUGCAAUUCCAGUAGGGCUUCUCCUGCUUGUAGAGCCAGGAAAAAAAGGUUAAAGACACUUCAUUUCAGCCUUGCCUGUCAAAAGAAGCAGUUCCAUGUAAGCGGCCAAUACCAGUAGGCAUUUAGUUAGUGAUUUCUGUAAGGGACAGAUGAAGAAGAGAAAUUUGAUAGGGAGCGAGACUUCAUGGAAUACCCCUGUCCAGCACAGUCUCUGUAAGUCACUUCUUGACUUACUGUAGGGCCACAGGAAGACGUGAAUCCUCUGGAAGACAAAGAUAACUCUGAAGGCCCACCCUUCAUAGUGCCCUGGUUGCAAAGCCCUUCUCACUGCACAGGAACUUGCCAGAGGAUGGCCGAGCCUCGAUUUAACAACCCCUACUUCUGGCCCCCUCCUCCCACCAUGCCUAGCCAGCUGGACAACCUGGUCCUGAUUAACAAGAUCAAGGAGCAGCUGAUGGCGGAGAAGAUCCGGCCGCCUCACCUGCCGCCUACAUCGGCCUCGUCGCAGCAGCCGCUGCUCGUGCCACCGGCGCCGGCCGAGAGCAGCCAAGCGGUCAUGUCGCUGCCGAAGCUGCAGCAGGUGCCGGGCCUGCACCCGCAGGCCGUGCCGCAGCCCGACGUGGCGCUGCACGCGCGGCCGGCCACCAGCACGGUCACAGGUCUGGGAAUCUCCUCCCGGACCCCGGCUGUGAGCACGUCGGAGUCGAGCGCGGGCACGGGUACCAGCAGCCCGUCCACACCCACCACCACGAGCCAGAGCCGCCUCAUCGCCUCGUCCCCCACCCUCAUCUCAGGGAUCACCAGCCCCCCCCUCCUGGACUCCAUCAAGACAAUCCAGGGCCACGGCCUGCUUGGCCCUCCCAAGUCCGAGCGCGGCCGGAAAAAGAUCAAGGCGGAGAACCCAGGGGGGCCGCCUGUCCUCGUAGUCCCCUACCCCAUCCUGGCCUCGGGCGAGACUGCCAAGGAGGGCAAGACAUACAGGUGUAAGGUAUGCCCGCUGACCUUCUUCACCAAGUCCGAGAUGCAGAUCCACUCCAAGUCGCACACAGAGGCCAAGCCCCACAAGUGCCCGCACUGCUCCAAGUCCUUUGCCAACGCCUCCUACCUGGCCCAGCACCUGCGCAUCCACCUAGGCGUCAAGCCCUACCACUGCUCCUACUGUGAUAAGUCCUUCCGACAGCUCUCCCACCUCCAACAGCACACCAGAAUCCACACAGGCGACAGACCCUACAAGUGCCCACAUCCUGGCUGCGAAAAGGCUUUCACUCAGCUCUCCAACCUCCAGUCUCACCAGCGCCAGCACAACAAGGACAAGCCCUACAAGUGUCCCAACUGCUACCGGGCCUACUCGGACUCUGCCUCCCUGCAGAUCCACCUCUCGGCCCACGCCAUCAAGCACGCCAAGGCCUACUGCUGCAGCAUGUGUGGGCGGGCCUACACCUCGGAGACCUACCUGAUGAAGCACAUGUCCAAACACACAGUGGUGGAGCACCUGGUGAGCCAUCACUCGCCCCAGAGGACGGAGUCCCCCAGCAUCCCGGUGCGAAUUUCCCUCAUCUGAGCCGACCCAAGGCGCCGCCCCGUCCUGCCCACUGGCAGACACAGACCCAGGCAGCACCGGCCCGACUCCCUCCAGGGGCCCUCCAGGAACAGCCGAGCUCUCUCAUGACCUUCCUGACCUUCCAGAAAGCCUGGGCCGCAGAAGCCCUGCCCGGUCCAGCUCCGGGGGCGGCCAGGCCAACUGCAAGAUUCUGGACUGUUUUGGUGGCAUCCAAAGACGAUCUCAGAGCACUUUGAACCUCUCCGCUGGGUUUUCCUUUUCUUCCCCCAUCCUUCACUUGCUUCACUGUUUUUUUUUUUUGUUUGUUUGUUUGUUUUAAGUUUGUUUUGGAAAAUAACAAAAAAAAGAUAUUUAUUGGCCAAGAAGUUGGUGCUGCUAAGACCGAGAAAUGGAAAGAACCGGACAGAUGGACACAGAGACCCAGAGGGCAGCGUGGGACCUUCUCUUGCCGCAGCCUUGGGUCUUGAGGGGAAGGCGCAGGCCUGAGAGUCUGGACCGCAGUGGGGCUCCCCGGUGGGAGGGGCAGGAAGCAGCUGGAGUGAGCCACUCGCCCCCCGCCGGCUGCCAGCUCGAGCCUCCAAGAGCUGUGCCCUGGGCAUCACUGAGCAGAGGGACGUGGCAGCUUCCAGGGCUGCCCGGGCUUCAGGAGACAGAUGGAGAGGGGCCGGGAGGUCCGCAGGACCAAAGGGUGCAGGGUUGGCUGGGCUGGGCGCAGGCCCAGGGACACGGGGUGGGGGCGGGCUGGGUAAGACCCGGUGCCCCCACUGCCCUGAAGACCACCCCAGUCUACCUCAGUGCUGGCCAGGAAACCUAUCGGCUACCUCUCCCACCAUCCCAGACUGUGGGCAGCGGGGGAGGGAGUGGGCCUGGGCCAAGGACCCCCUCCGCUCUGCAGAAUUUCCUCCGGUUGGGGCAGUGCCCAAGGAGGGGUUACUUGUCUUCCCUGCCAUGGAGGGGGAUCCCCAGCCCAGGCCCUAGGCCGCUCGGCAGGGAACGGAUCCUUGGGGAGGAGGGUCCCAAGAGCAGACCCUGCCCUCAGCCCCCACAGACACACCCCAAUCUGAAAGCCAUGCGUGUCCGUGUAUAUAGGAACUAUGUACAGAGCCCGGAGAAGCCCCCUCUACAUCCCCUGGGGAAAAAAAAAAAAAGAAAACUAGACAGAAACUCAUCUAUAUAUUCUGUAUCUGGAGUUCCGUUUUGAAUAUUAACUGUGUUAUUUUUAUACACUUUUUAAGCCUUAACUCGCCAUUGAUUUACCAGUUUAACGUCUCCCGGGGUUUCUUUUCCCACGGAGUUCUCCGCCCCGCCCCCACCCCUUUGUUUGACUUGCGUCGUCUGAUACUCAGUAUUGUAGCUUUUCGUCCGCAUGUUACUACCCUGUAAAUACGCUGUUAUACAUACUGUUAACACCCUUUGCUUUUUUUCUAUGGGACCUCCAGGCCACCGUAUUUAGAACUAGUUACCUUAUUAAAAAAGAGAAAACAGUCUGUUGGCUUCUCAGUCUGCAUCGUGGUGGCAGGGAGGUGAGGGCAGGUGCUCCCCCGCAAUGCGCUUCAGGAACACAGUUUGCGUUCUAUUUAAGAAAAGGCGUGGGGAGGAGAAAAAGGUCAAAUGUGGGGGAAGACACUAAAGGGGGCAAGAAACAGGAAUCCCAAACCCCUCUGCUCUUUGUAUUUCUCUGUUGUGAAGAAUAAACUGUACCUGCAGCCGGG